AAUAUCUGUUACAGCACUCCCACUCCAAAACUCCAAUACUUGGUCUCUUCUGGAAAUGUUGCUGUAGAAUUGCAGCAGCAACCAUCAUCAAUCUCCCGAUCCAGCCACGCGUUUCCAACGCUGCGUUUCGGGCUCUCUCUCACUUCCAACCCAUCUCUGUUUUUCCAAUCUAUGAGGUGAGGGAAGUACUUGAUGGCUGACUUACCACGCUAUUUGCGGCUUUGCUUUCAAUCUGGGAAACUUGCUUUCUUGGCAAUUUUGGUAUCUGGAGGGAUUGUAUUGCAAAUUUUGGCAUGUGCUUUGUACAAUAAUUGGUGGCCGAUGCUAACUGUAAUAAUGUAUGUGCUUCUUCCGAUGCCGUUACUGUUCUUCGUGGGAACUGAUUUGUCUGUUUUCCAGGAAUCUGAUAAUGGCUGGGUUAAUGUAACCAAGUUCAUGACUGGAGCUUCAGCCAUUGGAAGCAUUGCAAUACCAGCCAUCUUAAAACACGCUGGUGUUAUUGGUUGGGGAGCCCUGGCCUUGGAGCUCUCAUCCUUUUUCGUAUUUGUACUUGCAAUAAUGUGUUACAUACGGUCAGAUGAAGAUGACAGCUACAGUUCAAUCUGAGAUAUGGCUCUCUAGGAGAUUACCAGAUUUCUGUAAAGGUGUCAUAGGUUGCAAUAGAAAUAUAGGGCAUUUGUAUCUGUUUGUGCGCGAUGAUCACCACUACAAGCCUGUUAUAGAUUCAGAAAACAUUUUCGGUGUGAUUCUUUGUCCAUGUAUUUGAGUGGGGUUUUGAAUAUUAUUACAUGUUUUGACCUCUCGUAACAAACUAUGGGGCCUAUUGUAUUGACAGAGUAAGGUGCCUUUUUCUGGUCA